GACCAGGAAGUGGAAGCCGCGGGGGAGCAGAGGCGACGUCUGGACUUUGAGGGAAAGUUUUGCAAAAUAAAAUCCGCGAAUCCCACGAAUGACCUGAUCAGAGUUUGAUAAUUGUGUCGUGGAAACCUUUAGUUGUUCUCCACCGUCAGAGCACGAUGUCUGCGUCCAUCAGAGCCACUUCUGCCCCGAGCUCAUCGAGGCCGGAGCCGAUACUGGACACCAGAGCAGCAGAAGUGAAUUUUCGGGCUGCGGCAGAGAGCAGGAACACACAGCUUCCUUCAUUCAACAACCAGCUGGUCCCAGAUGAACUGCUGGUCAGCCUCACCUCCACUGUCUGCACCAGGAGCACACCGGGGCACACUGCACACCAUCGCCACUGCAAGGGCUGUGGAAUCAGACGGCCAGAUGCAGUCUGGCAUCACCCGCUUGGACGCAAGAAAUACAGACACUUUCUGGAGCAGCCGACGUCCCUGACCGGAGCAGGCAGAGAUAUUUCGUUCCUGUGUGAUGCCAUGGUAACCCAAAGUAAGACGACACCCCUCCCACCACUGACUGACAGGAACAGCAUUGGUGACACACAGAACUUGAGAGUAUCAGACAGUCUGAUACCAGAGGAAUAUCACAUUGUGAAAAACAAAGGGCUGCGAGGCCUUGAGUUCUACGAGGAUGCAUUUACAGUUCAGCUGCAGGAUGACGAACACAAGCUCCGGGUCUUUCCAUCACUGAGGCCCAGCGGCAGAUUAGAAGUGGUCCAGCUGAUGAGGAUGAUGGACGACAUGCUGGAUAAGGCUGGAGUGGAUCAGCAGAGGCUUGAAGCACCAACUGAAAUCCAACAUGAACAACUCUUUCCAACCACAAUGGAGGGUCUGCUGGAGCUGGUGCAGGUUGAGCAGAACAUCUACAACAUUGUUUUCCAUGAAGUGAUCAGGCAGGUCAGCGUGGGCUGUGCUGAGAGGGGACAGCUGCUUGCCAAGCUCAGACAGCGCUACCAGUCCCUGCUGGAGCGAAUGCCCCGCUGCCUGAAGGCUCUGCACACUGAGGCAGUGGCACAGCGGGCUCUGGACCGCCGGCUCACUGAAGAGAUCCAUCACAUCAAGACGUCCAUGCAGCAACUCAGCAUGGAACUGUUCAAGAUCAGAGACCGUGAUGCCUCUGUUUCCCAGCAGGUGGAGUUCACUCACAGGCAGCUCGCUGAGGAACUUGAUCAGUCGCACACCAACUCAGGUGUGGUCCAGGGUUACCACGAGCUGUAUGAGCUGCAGAGAGGUCGCCUGGAGGCUCAGCUGCUCCAGAUGACUGAGGAGAGAGACUCCUGGAGUCAGCUCACCCUCUGCUUCGCCCUCAAGAUGAUCAGUGUGAAGAAGCUGGAGGUGGUCAGUCGGCUGCAUGUCCACGAGCAGAGCUGGUUUAAAACCGCAGAGCACUGCAUCCUUUACAUCACUUCAAAGGACACAGAAGACAUGAACAUCAUCAUGGAGCUUUCUGACAACUGGACAGAGCAGCUGAUGGCUUUCAUGUCCCAGAUGAAGAAGAGUCAGCACGCUCAGUUUGAAGAGAUAAAUGCCAUCGAGCAGGACGUCAACAAGUGGAUCACAUUCUGCACAGCACAGAACCAGUGUCCUGACCCGAAAUAUGAGAAUGUUACACUGGAAAAGAUUCAUGUUGAUUUGAAGCAGUGGUCAAAUAUCUUGGCCCAACAGUGUGAGCGAUACCAAGGUGAGGAGCUUUUUUGCUGCCAGCAGACACUGGGCGAGCUCGGCCGUGUCCAGGACAGAUGGCUGAACAUGAGCGUUCAGCUGCUCAGAAGACACUCUUCUCCUGAUGGUGAUCCACCUGUAGGUGAGGCGGCCCUAAGUGAGCUGGUCAGGGUUCUACCUGAGCUCCUUAAAAAGCUGGACACACAAGUUAGUGGAGAAACUGGGGUCCAUGGAAAGAUCAUGUCACUGCUCGGGGUUAUGGAAUCUUGGGUUUUCAAGCUUGAGGCAGCCAUUUGCCACCCAGAGAUGAUGUCUGUCUCUGAUUGGCUGAAGCUCGAGCAGGCUCUGUGCAAUUUGCAGAGUUUGGCCAAGGAAGCCUUAAAGAAUAUCCCCAGCGUGCAGGCGAGAGACGGAAAAGAAAGGGGCCAAGAUGAGUUCAAUAUAUAUAAAGAGACAGAAGAACUGUUGGAUAAAGUGAAGGAGUUAAUAAAAAGCCUGUCCAUCUUCACCAGUGGUGAGAACCAGAGACUCAUUGAGGAGGUCAGUUCUCUUCACAUGGCUCAGACCCGCUGGAUGUUGGAUCUGUUGCUCCUCAUAGUACCUGACCAUAGAGAGGACCAGGAUCAGGUCCAUGAACAGGAACAUCAAUACAUCACAAACAUCUCACCGCAGACUCUGGAUGAGGAUGCCAAGUUCCUGGCCGAGAAACUGGACUAUUUUUCCAAAUACAUCUCCAGCUUUUACAAGUUGAUUCUGGAGGAGAAGACUUUUCCACAUCAAGCUGAGGAUGAAAAUGAGAUGAAUGACUCGUGUAGAAAGCUGCAGAGGGAAUGCGAUGAUUGGGUGGAGACAUGUGUCAUCCUGCUCUCAGGGGUGAAGGGUGGUCAGGUGGAGCUGCCUGUCAGACAAUCUGCCACUUCUUCUAAGAGUGACGUCUCAGCUCCUCCAGCAGACAGCAGGGAGACUCUGGGAAACAAAGAGGUUUCAGCAGAGUCUACAACAUCCAGUGAGGUCAAGGAGGUCAAAGAUGAGACUGAGGCGGAACCAAGAGAAAACACCAAUGAAGAACAUGAAAUACAACAAGAAGUUUGUAAGGGGGAGCUAACGGUUUGUGAAACAGCAGUGGUGAAGCUGAUUGGCUAUGAUGGAAACAUCACACAAAGAAAGCUGGGGGAGAACAGUGUCCAUCUGAGAGGAACUGAUGACCUGGUUGUGUGUCCAGCAACAGUUGAAGCUCACAAAGCUUUUAGUGAUCUGACCACAGUAGGAAUACUGCAACAGGAACUGCAUGAUUCUGAGCUGCGGGUCCAGAGCACUGAACAGCGGGCCCUGAAAGCUGAGGAGGCCCUGCAGGCAGCUCUGGAGAAGAUUCAGGACCUGGAGAGACAACUGCAGGGCCGGCCUGGUCUGGAGUCUGAAAGCAGUGAAGAGAAAAAGAAAACACCACCACCUUCUCCACCACCAGAAAAACUCCCAGCUCCUCUAAAGAAAACAGCUCCUGAGGCCAAACCAACAAGCACCACCAGAAGGACCAAGAAACGCUGAUGUGACAGCUAAUUUGAAGAGGCUGCAACUCCCUGUAGAAUCUUAUGUUUGGAACAAGAGCAGAGAGGAAUGCAGCACCAACCAAGGUUUUCAAAUUAGUGAAGUGCACAUAGGUGAAAAAUCUAAAUUGGUAUAUUCCCAGUAUCAGGAGGUUUUCCUACUUCAGUUUCUAUUGCUGCUGUUUGAAAAUAACUAUCACUUAGUGGUACUAUAAUUUGUGUAAUGGUUUGAUGUGGCUUCAUUCAUUGAACGUCAAUAUACUCUUGACUUGAUUUAAAAAAAGAAAUAUACUUUUUCUUCUUUCCCCCUCCCAAAAAAUGUUAACAUAGUAAUAUUUACAUUUCAGAGACUUUUCAGGAUCUUUAUAUUUGCAGUGAAUUUUGUGCACUUAAUGAGCAGGCUGGACAAUACAAAUGUGCACUAGACCCAUAAAUUAAAGGUUUCACGAAAAAUUACCACUCUGAAUAAUUGCAUAUGAACCAGGACUGAACAUUAUUUUCUGUACCCAACCUAUCUUGUUUACAAGACAAUGCAAGUUUUGAGUUAAAACAGAAGCUUAAUUUACUCACACUAGAGGCUCAGAUUCCUCAGUGCUAAAGCUCAGUU